UAUUGCGAAAUCUACAAGCAUGUGACAGGCGGUGUUAAAGGCUCACUGCUUGUAAGUCCUCGCAUUGUCAAACACUAUUACUACCUUUUAGGAAUAAAGUAAUAUAGAAUAUUUUCCGUCAUGGAUUUCUGCAUAAUCCUUUAAAAGAUGAGCAAUGACCCAAACAUUUAAAAUUGUAAUUUUAAAUGGUUGGGUCAAAAUUUGAGAGUUUUUUUUUCCCCGAGUACACUGAACAUAACACUAUUCGUUCCAUGGGUCCAAAGGAAAACGGCAUCAAGGGAGUGUCAACAAGGGGAAACCUUUCAAGACGUUUAAUACAAAAUACCGCAAUGGCAUACGUUUCCCACCCCAAUUAUUCAGUCUAAAUAGUUAAACUGAUGCUUAUUUCCUUAAGCUUUUGAAGAUGAGCUACCCAGGAUACCCUCCUCAGUCUGGUGGUUACCCACCACAGGCAAGUGGCUACCCACCUCAACCAGGAACAUACCCACCUCAGGCAGGCGGCUAUCCCCCUGCAGCAGGCGGCUAUCCCCCUGCGCCAGGGGGCUACCCGCAAGCAGCAGGUGGCUACCCAGGAGCAGCAGGCGGCUAUUACCCUCAACAGUCAGGUGGAUACCCAGCUCCUGCUGGUGGUUAUCCUGCAGCAGGAGGUUAUCCUGCCCCAGGUGGAGGCUUUCCUCCACAGGCAGGAGGAUAUCCACAGCCUGGGGCAGGUGGCUAUCCUUCCAUGCAACCAGGAGGUGGAGGCUGGGGUGCAGCACCGGGCGGUUAUGGCCCUCCAGGAGGCGCUCAGCCUGGUUACCCAGGAGGCCCUGCACCAGGUCAACCCAUGCCAAAUUACCCUGGUGCCCCCGCUACUAAUCCCUCAAUGCCUGCAUAUGGGGGUGGAGUUCCAUCCAACCCUCAGGCCCCUGCCAUUCCUAAAGGAUACAGAGGUUCAAUUAAAGACUUUGCUGGGGCGGAUCCGCUUAGAGAUGUUGAAGUUCUUCGAAAGGCUAUGAAGGGUUUUGGCACUGAUGAAAAUGCUAUUGUUGAACUUCUGGGCAGUCGUUCCAAUAAGCAGAGGGUUCCAAUGGUGGCUGCCUACAAAACUACUUAUGGGAAGGAUUUAAUCCGUGAUCUGAAGUCUGAGCUCACUGGAAACUUUGAGAAUCUGGUUCUUGCUAUGUUGAUGAGCCCUGUGCACUUUGAUGCAUCCGAACUCAGAGAAGCCAUAAAGGGAGCCGGAACUGACGAAGCAUGUCUGAUUGAGAUUCUGUCCUCACGCUCCAAUGCAGAGAUUCAAGAAAUCACUAAAAUCUACAAGUCUGAGUACGGAAAGAGCCUGGAGGACGCCAUCAACAGCGACACAUCUGGCCACUUCCGCCGACUCCUGGUUUCUCUCUCUCAGGGUAAUCGUGAUGAAAGGCAGAACGUCGAUGUCUCUCUGGCGAAACAGGAUGCUCAGAAACUUUAUGCUGCUGGAGAAAAUAAAGUGGGAACCGAUGAGUCUCAGUUCAAUGCCAUUCUUUGUGCUCGCAGCAAGCCUCACCUCCGUGCAGUAUUCCAGGAGUACCAGCAAAUGUGCGGGAGAGACAUUGAGAAGAGUAUCUGCAGGGAAAUGUCUGGCAAUGUGGAGGACGGCAUGGUGGCAGUGGUGAGAUGUAUCAAGAACACCCCUGGAUACUUUGCAGAGAGACUCCACAAAGCUAUGCAGGGCGCAGGGACCAAAGACAGAACCCUCAUCCGCAUCAUGGUGUCCCGCUCUGAGGUUGACAUGCUGGACAUCAGACGAGAGUAUCUGCAAAAAUAUGGAAAAUCUCUCUACACUCACAUCUCAGGUGACACCUCUGGAGAUUACAAGAAGUUGCUACUGAAGCUGUGCGGGGGUAAUGACUAAAAGGUCGAGACCAUUACCACUCCUAAGGACAUCAUAUGUGUCCACACUGAAGCAAUGUUACAGGACUUUAUAUCACCUCUGAUGCAUGCAGAUAAUCAAAGUCGUCCUGUAACAUAAAGUAAAUCAUUACUUUUUUUUAUAAUCUUUAUUGACAUCGUAGAUUUAUUUUGCUAGUUUAUGGUUGCCAAUUAGUAAAUAUAUAGUGUAAAAUUGGCAAUUACAAUUACAAAAUAUAUGGCUUUAUUAAUCUUACAGAGUAUCAACAUUUCCAAAUCAAUCGAAAUAGAAUUAGCUAUCUAUAACAAUGGUGUAAAUCAUUAUGUAAGCAGAGAAGAGCUUGAUGAGCAUCGAUCAGGGCCAAAUCAUUAGGUCAUUUAUCUUUUACACGAACUAUGUGUAAAAAGUGUCAUUUUUAAAAUGGUUUAUUUAAAAAAAAGUCAACAUUUCAAAUACCUUGUUUCUAAGAAUGUGAAGCACCUUUCAGAAAAAAUGUAUCUAAAUCAAUCCCAACUAAAAUGCAUGUUUGUUAAAUGCAAUUUUGACUUGAUAGAAAAUCUUCUAAAUAUAUGCUAUAUGUGCACAGAGCUUGUCUUCGAUCCUCAAAAGUUAACUAGUUGGGACUCUAUUCUUGCUUAAACGUCUAUGCAGUUGCCUUUCCCCUCCAUUACGUUAGCAUUGAAAUUCAACAUUGUUUACAGUUUAAAACCGUAUAACCAUUGUUCAUUGUACAUGUAAUGACAGUGUUACCUUUUUCACUGAAUGUGGUAAAACCAAAGCCUCUACAUAGAUUUUGUGCCUUUAGUUUCUCAAAGACAGCUAAUGCUUCACUGGGCAAGUGACAAAAUGUAGUCGUAUCAUUGUGAAUCAAGCACCACUAGAGGGCGCUUGACUCACAUAAAGUGCCAUCCCUCGUCUUUGUUAAUCUUGUGCUUACUGGUCUGUUUUUGGCAUACAGCUGAAGAAAUAAUGUACUAACUGUAGUUUGCAAUGAUCCUAAUAACAUGAUACCAGAUGCCUUUUUAGCCCUGACUCAUUUGCCACGUCUCGGAGAGAGCAUCACUAACAGCUACUUUAUAUUGCAAUAAAAACAAUUUUGCAUA